AUAGAGACUUCCACUGUGGACACAGGACAACACACUGUCAGUGCACAGAGCGACACACAACUACAUGCAACUACAGGCUGACUUGUGCACAAACACAAGCAUAAAAAAAACGUAUUAACAGAUGCACACAGAUCCACAUUAAUAGGUGCAGGCCCUGCAAUGCAAACUCCCACUGUUUGUUUCUGUCAUAAAAUGCAGAAAAUUCCUUCCCUGGUCACGUGAAAAUAACUAAAAAACAUUCUCUUUCAAGAAAAGAACAAAAAUGACUGUCGAGGUGACAGUAAGGUGACAAGACAACACUUUUAGAAGCAUUGUCUUAUACACUGCUCACUGUAUUACUGCAGAAAGCUUUGAAAUCUUUUACUAAACCGUGAUGAUGUUUGUGUGACACUGAGUGACUCAAACAUACAGAGCAAAGACCCUUACCCUCUGUCCAAGGAUGGCGUUUACUGUCGCGCUGUCGCUUAUGUUCAGUUCGGCCACAACAUUUGGCCUCUGCUUCUUCCUGAACAGCAUAAAGGCGUUUGGCGGCUUCUUGAUGUACGGCUCAUCCUCUCGCUCCUGGCUCUCACGCCAUCUCUUUCUAUGGGAAUACAGAAAAACACAGAAUAAGGGCACGCAUUACCACUGUGCAGAACUGUGAGUGAGGAAAGAAGCAGUUUAGAAACAACCAACAGAGUUGGCUGGGAUCUUGGUAGACAAAAAAACAGACACUUGCAAUCACAAAACCGCUGCAAGAAACCAAAUAUAAGUAGUCACAGAAAGUGACCAUUCAAUGAGGAACAUCUGGGCAGACCAUCGGACAUCUACAAGGUGUUUGUUCCUACAGAACCCGGUGGACCAGAUCCAGAGGUGCCCUUGGAGAGGUCAGAGGGUGCCUCGUCACCCAGGACAGCUCGUCCCUGUAGCUGGCGUGUCGAACAGGUGCCUGCAGUGCAGAUUGACCCUCCAGCAAACGGGAGCAGAGUCCUGCGAAGGGCGAGCAGUGUAGGGGAGAAGGCUACAGAGGUUAGACAGAGCCCGGACAAUGACCGAGCCUGGAAGUGAUUCAUACCGAAUCAUCCAGUGACGACAUAUCUGUAUCAUCCUCAGCCGAGCAACUGACAAUAGACGAUAUUGAAAAUGUAUAUGACAACAUCAGCUAUGAGGACCUAAAGAGUAUGGGCCUCAUCAGGAGAGACCUGGAGGAAAGCCUAGAGGACGACGACCUGGUGGAGCUUCCUCAACGAAACACCUCUGAGAGAGAGAGUCCUCUCAAGGACCUUCAUAAUUUGUUUCCAGGGGAGCUGGCAGGUCUGGACUCCCCCCUGGCCUCCUCCUUUCUCCUGCUGGGUGAGUCUGUGGACUUCUCCCUGGAACUGAUGGAUAAAACAAAAAGCAAGGUGUUCCUGAUGGCACGGCAGUACAGCCAGAAGAUCAAGAAAGCCAACCAGUUGCUGCGCAUGAGGAGCAUGGACCCUGGAGACUCUUGUAGUGGGACCAGAGCUGAGAAGAAGCAGAAAGACUUGGCAGCCAUCUUAGAGGAGAAGAAACAACGGGGAGCAGCCAUAG